AUGGCGAAUACGCACGGCAUACGAUACAUUCGUUUGAAGCAGGUCUUCAAUCGUGCAUUGGAUCAAUCGAUUUCGAAAUUACAGAGCUGGGACAAAGUGAGCUCAUGCUUCCCGCAAUACGUGAACACCAAGCAAGGCGCUAUAAAUGUUGCCAACUGUCAGCGACAGUUGACGGAAUUCUGGACGGAGUUAUGCCAAAGGGAGUUCAAAGAGAUCAUAGAAGAAAGGGACGUGGAGCAGAAACUGAAUGAGUUGGACGAGCUAAUCGCGGAAGCCAAGGACCGUUACAUGGGAGGUGGCCUCAAUGAUGGAGACGAGAGGCCCGCAAUCGACGAACUUUCCAGUAAGGAGCUUGUGGAAUGCCACGUCUACAGCCAGCGGAUACACGCCGUGCAAGAGAUAGACGAACGGCUGGCGAAGGUGAACGAGAUGAACGAUCAGUUAGCUCGGGAAUUGGACGACCUAGAAGCACAAGUGGAUGCGGAAAAACAGGAGAUCAACGAGAUGUAUGACGAGUAUUUGGGCUCUCACACGGACCAGCCGGUGAAUGGACUGCUGCUGCAAAGCCUGAGCGAUAUGGUUUUGGAGUUGAAGGAAAACUACUAG